UUCAGUUUGCAGUUACAGAGGGAAGGUAGUCAGUCACUGAAAAAGUGAUCAGCUAUUUCACACCAAGCACUUUAACCUCCCGCAGCUUCGGCAGCCUGAGCACACGCACUGGAAUAUAUCUAAGCCAAGAACAUGCCCAGUGGUUUUAUAUGGGACCAAACCUCAUCGCUAUAAAUCUGUAAAAGGUAUUGACCGACUGGUUUUUCAAAAUGGAAGAUUUAAGGAAGAGCCCCAGUGAAUACAAGAAUAAGGAUCACCCAGUGAAGACAGAAUUGGGAUCACGAUGUGUAGUUUUUACUUAUUAUCAAGGGGACAUUAACAGUGUGGUAGAUGAACACUUUUCAAGAGCUCUAAGGACUACAAAGGAUCCCCAGGAUUUAAGAACAAAAACCAGAAGCGAUGACUAUCUUCAAAAGAACAUGAGCAAUAUGCAGCCCGAUGAAAUGGACUGGAACAAAGCCUAUUCAUCAAAUCCUUCCAUAAGAAUGGCAGGGCCCGUUUUAACGGCCCUAGGAUCUCCUUCUGUGGACCACUAUCCAGUCUUCCAAGGGCAUCAUACACCACCAUCGGAUCUAUAUCACUAUCAUCACAUGGGCCCUGCCAGCCAAAUGAGUUCUGUAUAUCAUCACCCCUCGGUAUCAGAGUUCCAGAUGGUCCAGGGAACCGGCCCUGAUGGCAAAUAUGGUUCCCUUCUUAGUCUUUUACAACCUGACAGAUACCCAAUACCUCUGCAGGAGUCAGUUAUGAAACCAGAACCUAUAUCAGCUACAGCAACAGGACCUUCUGGAUCAGAAAGCCUGAAUCAUAGAAUGAAUUCACAAGCAGGUCUUCAUCCACAGGAAAGACGAAAAGAGUUUUUCCACCCUCAGGAUAGAAGGAAGGAUUUAUACUUUUAUUAAGUACUUAAUAAAACAUUACUAGCAUUACAGGAGAUUCCAGUGGACAUUCUGUAGUAUUCGUUGUAUAAUAUUGUAAUGUGUGUACUGAAGGGAGCUGCCACAUGGAGGCAAACUGAACAUGUCAUGUGUUUCAUGACUUUACAUGAAGUAAAUAAUAUAUAAGGAUCAUGCUGAUGAUUGGAGCACACUAUCCAUCCUAUUGUAUCAUGAAAUUGUUCUUUUCUUUCAAUGUAGUCUUUGAUAUUGCUUACGUGGUUCUUUAAAACACUUCUGAAUGAAUCAGAUUUGGUCUUCACCCUCUCUGCUCAGAACAAGCUACGGGGAAUUUACCCGUAUCCAUGUAUACCUCAUACUUUAGUAAACACAUGACUCAAAAGCUUCGUACAUUCUUUAUAGUAUUAGUUUUGAAGGUAUCAAAAAUUACAACAUAGCUGUGGCCUCCUGGUACAUGACUAACUCUUUUCAUUUCUCGGGUAAUGGGAGAUUAAGGUUCUGUUACUAGCCACAAGCAUGAUCUGAAACCUUUUGGUAUUCGGGACAGCACCUGACAAAUUAGCAAUUUAAUUGUGUUUGUAAUCCUUUUUAAAGAAGCAGCAUUUAAUUACUAGCAGUGUUUGCAGUUCUGAAGACUGAACUUAGUCAGUGCCACCGUGAACUUAGUCAGCAGUGUGAAGACAAUAAUUCUCAGAAAGGCCGGUAGCCUUUUGUUACCAAUAUGCCACCCGCCAAGGUUGCUUUUACAACAAAUAAAGAUGGGUUUUUUUUUUUUUGUUAGGACAGACAGUUAGAUCUUUCAGAAAGACUAAGACACUCAUUGAAUUAACUGUAAUCAUCUAAUAAGAUUUAAAAAGAUUUUUGCCCAUUAAGAUAUUUGUGGCUCUGAUGUCCAAGUAACUAUGAAGUCUUUAUAUGCAGUGGUACCCAGUUUUAGAAUUGUCUCCACCUUUGGUUACAAUUAUCUUUGAAGCUCUGCUAGAUUUCUACGUAGAGGGGUUCAUUUUGAAAUGGUAUCACCAUUGUUAUGUGUUCUGAGACUGUGACCAAUUUAAAAGUAGUUGCAGAAAACAUCUGACGGACCCAGAACAUGAGCAGUGUAGAAGAAUCAUUUUCGGAAGUUUCUUAACGUAUAGAAAUCUCUGUAGCACCAAAGAAAGAACACAUUGGUUGUACGUUUUAACUCAAUUAGAAAAUCUACCAAACUGAUUUAAACAUCAAAAAAACAAUUUAGGCACAUAACUAAGUUUUUCAAAUUUAUGUAAAUAUAUUUUCUGAUAACAGAGACCCUUUAACAAACUUCUAACUACUAUUAUUUUAAGAUUGUGCUAAGGAGCAUCAACAUUUAACAUUCACACUCUUGCGUGAUUAGACCGUAUAGUCCAGUAAACAUGUAAACAUGUUGUCCUAGUUUUCUAACACAUUGAAAUAAUGCAAACAUACUGAGAUUUCCAAUAUUUGCUUUAUUUUAUUCUUCUGCUAUGGGACAGGAAGUAAUAAGUGGCAUAUAGGAGGGGAUAGUCAAAUAUUUCUGC